GGGACGCAAGUUGCUGCGUGUGAUCUUCGUGCAAGCUUUCAAGAUUCAGUACGUCGAAAAAGAUCCUUUUUUCAGGCAAAACAUUGCUCGUCACAGCUUGUUGCUGACUGCACAUUCUAAGUCUUUUUGUGAUGUUUUUUGCAAGGCGGAUUCGUUUCUUGUUAGGUUAAUAAAUUAAGAUCGGAUUAAAGUUACUUCUCUUCUUUCCCUGCAAGGGGAGGUGAGACGAAAACGUUGCGAACAUUAAAUACACGAUUGAAUUCCAAGAGGAGAAUGAGUUCGGGGUAUCUGAGACUCUUUGCCGUUUUGCUAACUUUCCACUUUGUAAAAGGGGGAACAAAAACUUUUUUAGGUCCAUGUGGAGGUCGAGACUGCAUUGGUGAAUGUCAGUGUUUUCCAGAAAAAGGAAGUCUUGGUCAACCAGGUCCUCGAGGGCCACCGGGACUUCAAGGUGCCCAAGGAUUUCCUGGUUCUAUUGGGUUAACAGGCCUAAUAGGUGAGAAAGGCAGCCAUGGCCUACAGGGACAGACAGGAAAUAAAGGAGAUAAGGGGCCAAUAGGUGUCUCUGGAUUUCCUGGAGUCAAUGGGAUUCCGGGACAUCCUGGUCAGGCUGGACCUAGGGGUCUACCUGGUGUAGACGGAUGUAAUGGAAUCACAGGCGAUAUUGGUCUAAGUGGAUUGGAUGGCCUACCAGGCAUUCAAGGACCUGUAGGUGCACAAGGUGUAAAAGGUCAGAAGGGAAAUCCAUCAUAUUCAGGAGGACUCCAAGGACCAAGGGGAGACCCUGGGCUGCCUGGAUUAGAUGGACUGCAGGGCCUAGAGGGUUCCAUAGGGUUACCAGGUCGGAGUGGUCUACGAGGUCCAAAUGGAAUUCUGGGUUCUCCAGGCCCACCUGGCCCACCAGGACCAAUGGGAAACAUGGGUCUUAGCUUCCAUGGAGAAAGAGGUGAAAAGGGAGAAACAGGACCUCCAGGACUCCCAGGCCAACCAGGACAUCCUGUGGAUAGCCCAGGAGAGAGCAUAAUUUUAAAAGGAGACAAGGGAGAACCUGGUUUCCCUGGAUUUAUGGGACUUCCUGGACUUCCUGGACCACCAGGGUCUUAUGGUAAAAGUGAGAAAGGAGAAAAAGGAAUUCCUGGAUUACCAGGACCCAGGGGAGCAACAGCACUUGAUGGGCAGCCAGGUUUUCCAGGUCGUCAGGGGCAAGCAGGAUAUCCAGGAUUGCCUGGAAGAAAUGGAUUUUUUGGACAAAAAGGAGAUUCUGGAGAUGUUGGCCCACCCGGUGAACCAGCAUAUUCCAUAGGAAAUGUUUCUAAAGGCAUAUAUGGAGACUAUGGGCCAGAAGGACCUCCAGGAUACAGAGGAGAUCCAGGACUUCCAGGUGAACCGGGGAAACCAGGACUUCCAGGUCUACCAGCCACUUCUUCAGGUUUACCUGGGAUUCAAGGGUUUCCUGGUACACCAGGAAUGAAAGGAGAAAGAGGUAACCCAGGAAGAACAACUUAUGGACUACCAGGAAAACCUGGGCAACCAGGGUUACGAGGGCCACGUGGAAACCAAGGACCUGUUGGUUCACCAAGCUUUGUCCCACCUGGCCAGUUUCUGACUGGAGAUGCAGGCGUGACAGGACCUCCUGGAUCUCAAGGACUACCUGGUGACACUGGAUACAAAGGGAUUAAAGGGGAACCAGGAGACUGUGACUGUACACGGACAAGUGUUACAAGUUUUGAAUUUCAAGGACCUCUUGGUCCUAAGGGACAAACUGGGCUUCCAGGAAGAAAAGGACAAGUUGGUGAAGAGGGAAUAUCAGGAUUACCUGGCUCACCAGGAUUUACUGGGGGUCCUGGGAUACCUGGAUUAAAUGGAAAGAAGGGUCAAAAAGGAGAUGCAUAUAUGCAAGUAAUAAGGAGGGUAAAAGGAGAUAUGGGAGCUCAAGGCCCCAGGGGACCUUUAGGUGAUCUUGGAAAAGCAGGAAGAAAUGGACUUCCAGGAUUUCCUGGUCUGCCUGGUGCCCCGGGUGACAUUAGUGUUGUUGAACGAGGAGACAAAGGUUACCAAGGCAUGAAGGGUAUUAAUGGUUUGACUGGAUUACAAGGAUUUCCAGGAGUUGGCUUCCCAGGUCAAAGUGGUAUUCGUGGGUUACCAGGUGAACCAGGUGUGAAUGGCCUUCCUGGCUCACCAGGUCAACCAGGACCUCCAGGAAUAAGCUUGCCAUGUACAAUUUCUGGGCCAUAUGGUCCUCCCGGAAUCCCUGGCACUACAGGACAGCCAGGCUCUAAAGGUCUGAGAGGACAGCCUGGUGCACAAGGACAGCCAGGCUUUAAUGGAUUCAAAGGAGAAAAGGGUGAUCCAGGGUCGUCUUGGUCUUCUACUGUACCAGGACCACAGGGUGAUCAAGGAGCUCCAGGACUACCUGGUGUGGAUGGAAGGGAUGGAACUCCAGGAAACAAUGGUGUUCAAGGACUACAGGGAAGUAAGGGAGCACCAGGUAAUGUGCUUGGUGUACAGCCUGGUUAUACUGGAGAGAAAGGACCUCCUGGACUGCCUGGGGAAAAGGGAUUUCAGGGAAGCACAGGACUUCCUGGAGAAGCAGGAUUUGAAGGUCAUCCUGGUUUACUAGGUGCCAAAGGAGAACGUGGUCAGAAUGGGUACCUAGGCAAUGUUGGUCUACCUGGACUUCCUGGUCCUAGUGUACCUGGCACUCCAGGAAAAGAAGGACCGCCUGGGGCAUCAGGUUUACCUGGACUACCUGGAUUUUCAGGUUUGAAGGGUUUAGCUGGGGACUAUGGACCCCCUGGUCCAGCAGGCAUGAAGGGUCUUCCAGGAUUGACAGGUAGUCCGGGAUCCCUGGGUCAGAGAGGUCCCCAGGGCAUCUCUGGGCCCAAAGGUCAAGAUGGACUACAUGGAAUUCCAGGUCGUAAAGGUGAAAAUGGACUUCAGGGAAUAGUUGGAUUUCCAGGAAUGACUGGUCCUAAUGGACCUCCUGGGUUCCAAGGGCUGAAAGGCUACCCUGGACAACCUGGACGAAAAGGCACUGAAGGAAACAUUGGCAGAAGGGGAGAAAAAGGUGACAAAGGAGAAGAUGGUCUACGUGGUCCUUUUUUAUUUUUAAAUGUUAUGCCUAAAGGUGAAGAAGGAAACAGAGGAACACCUGGAUCACCAGGAUUUAUUGGGCCCCGAGGUGACAGGGGUCCUUCUGGAAAACCAGGAUUUCCUGGGUUGCCUGGACUACCAGGAUUUUCAAGUGAAGAAAGGGGUAUUCCAGGCGUUACAGGUAUACCUGGUUCAUUUGGCUUACCUGGCUCUCCUGGACCAACUGGAUCAACGGGAAUUGAUGGAUUUCCAGGAAUGAAAGGAGAAACUGGGACUGAGGGACCUACUGGGCCUUCUGGUUUGCCAGGUGUUUCCGGAAUUAGAGGUGUAAAAGGUGAGCCAGGUGAUUCAACUGACAUUCCUGGAGCACCAGGAGAUCCUGGGGAACCUGGUUUGCCAGGUUUGAAAGGGAAUAAUGGACAACCAGGAGAUCCUGGAGUCAAAGGAAUUAGAGGAACCUCUGGCUUCAAAGGCAACAGAGGAGACCCAGGGCAACCUGGAUAUAAAGGUGGUGCACCAGGGCUUCCGGGUCCAACAGGAUAUCCAGGUUUACAAGGAUCAAGAGGACCUCCAGGAGGUCCUGGAAUUCCUGGAAUGCCUGGAAUCUUUGGAGAAAAAGGUUUUCCAGGGCCUCCAGGUUUAAAUGGUCUUAAUGGUUUGCCAGGAGCAUUAGGACCACCCGGAACUCAAGGUUUAAGUGAGUCAGGUUUACUUGGUCUUGUUGGAACACCUGGUCGGAAGGGUGAGCCAGGAACACCUGGGACAGGGCCACCUGGAAAUUUUGGAGAAAAAGGUGCUCAAGGGGACCGAGGAUCUUCUGGUAUAAGUGGACUCCCCGGACCACCUGGACCUCCUGGUCCUGUUUUACAGCAUGUUAUUAUUGGUCAACCAGGUGACCCUGGCCUUCCUGGACUUGAUGGAGAAUCUGGUUUUCAGGGACCUCCUGGGUCUCCAGGACUUCCUGCUCCAUUUGUAGUUCAAGGAAACGAUGGAGACCGUGGCUUUCCAGGUUUGCCAGGAUCAAAAGGAUUAAUGGGUGGUCAAGGACUAGAUGGCCUCCCUGGAACUCCUGGACCUCAAGGAGUAAAAGGUGUAGGAGGUGACCCUGGUGUCUAUGGAUUUCCUGGACAAACAGGAAUAAAAGGAGAAACUGGAUUGCAAGGACCCAAAGGAGUCAAAGGACAAGAAGGACCAUCUGGACCUCCUGGUUUACCUGGAAGAAGAAUUCCAAGCAAGUACAUACAGCCUUCUGCUGGGGAUCCUGGGUUGCAUGGAGGGAAAGGUUUAUGUGGACAAAUAGGUUUCCCUGGGAUGUCUGGACAGCCAGGACAGCAAGGUUUUAAAGGCUACCAUGGUAACAGAGGAAUGACUGGAAGAAAUGGCCAACCUGGUCAGCCUGGUCCUGUGGGAAAUUCAGGACCUCCUGGUAUUCGUGGAGUCCCUGGUGUUGAAGGACUUCCAGGAAAAAUGGGAAGUGUGGGCUUACCUGGAAACGUAGCUCGGGGCUUCAAUAUUGGAUAUACACUGGUAAAACAUAGCCAGUCUGAUCUAGUACCACCUUGUCCUCUUGGUAUGAAGAAGUUGUGGGAAGGGUACAGCUUGCUGUACGUGGAGGGACAGGAGAAGGCACAUAAUCAAGACUUAGGUUUUGCUGGUUCUUGUUUGCCUCGCUUCAGUACAAUGCCUUUUAUAUACUGCAACAUUAAUGAGUUGUGUUACUUUGCCAGUCGGAAUGACAAGUCAUACUGGUUGUCAACUACAGCUCCUAUUCCUAUGAUGCCUGUUAGUGAUAUGCAGAUUCGGCAGUACAUCAGUCGCUGCUCAGUAUGUGAGGCACCAUCACAAGCAAUUGCUGUCCAUAGCCAGGAUAUCACAAUUCCUAAUUGCCCAGAUGGGUGGCAAAGCAUGUGGAUUGGCUAUUCUUUUCUCAUGCAUACAGCUUCAGGAGCUGAAGGUGGAGGCCAAUCUCUUGUUUCCCCGGGUUCUUGCCUGGAAGAUUUUCGUGCAACACCCUUUAUUGAAUGCAAUGGUGCUAGAGGAACUUGCCAUUACUUUGAAAGUAAAUAUAGCUUCUGGCUGACAACCAUAGAAGAAAACCAACAGUUUGCUGAACAUAUCCCUUCCGAAACCCUCAAGGCUGGUCAGCUACGAACACGGGUCAGUCGCUGCCAAGUAUGCACAAAAACUAUCCUUGUAUAAUAUCAUUUGUAUCAUGAUUAAUUCACUAAAAGUUUCCUGUUUUAUAUAUUUUGUUAUGUUGUUUUGUAUGUUUAACUCUGAUACUGUGAAAUGUGCUAAAUAAAAUGCAUCAUCUUAGAUUUAGUCGUAAGUCAUUUCAGAGUCAUUUGACAAAAUGCACUUUUUGUCUAUUUUACAAGGACAUCCAGAAAUCACCUGUUCUUGUGUAAAUACCAUACCUAAUAACAUCAAACUUUCAAUAAAUCAAACUGAAUAAUUAUA